UCAUUUCCUGGUCUAAAUAUCCGGUUUGGGCUCUUGUGACAUCGUUUGUGAGGUAGCUGUGUUACUAUUUCACAAUCGUGUAUUGAAAAGACGUUGACAUUUUCGCUUCAAAUAUGAUGGGACAAGGAUAUAUGAAACCUUUGCAAGCAAAGAAACACCCGAUUUCAGACGAUUACAGAUUGACGGGAAGUGUUCUAGGCCUCGGCAUAAAUGGAAAAGUGCACGAGUGUUACCACAGAUCUUCACAACAAAAAUACGCAUUGAAGGUCUUAAAAGAUGUUCCAAAAGCCAGACGAGAAGUAGAUCUGCACGUCAGGGCUUGCCAAGGAUGUGAUCACAUUGUUAGAAUUCAUGAUGUCUAUGAGAAUAAUUAUUCGGGGCAAAGAUGUCUUCUUGUUGUAAUGGAAUGUAUGGAAGGAGGGGAACUCUUCACAAGAAUUCAGGAAAGAGCAGACACAGCAUUUACAGAGAGAGAGGCAGCAGGGGUCAUCAGAGACAUUGCAAAGGCCAUCUAUCAUCUUCAUUCCAUGGGCAUCGCACACAGAGACCUUAAGCCUGAAAAUUUGUUGUAUUCAGACAAAACAGAGAAAGGUGUUCUCAAGCUAACAGACUUUGGUUUUGCAAAGGAAAUCGGGCAGCAGAAAUCAUUGCAGACACCUUGUUACACUCCAUACUAUGUUGCACCUGAGGUCUUGGGCCCGGAGAAAUAUGACAAGUCUUGUGAUAUGUGGUCAUUAGGGGUCAUCAUGUAUAUACUGUUGUGUGGGUACCCCCCCUUCUACAGCAAUCACGGUGCGGCAAUUUCUCCAGGUAUGAAGAAGAGGAUCAGGAAUGGGCAGUAUGAGUUCCCCAACCCUGAGUGGAGUCGUGUCAGUCCGGAAGCGAAAGACCUUAUCAGAGGGUUAUUGAGGACUGAUCCAGAUAAGAGGUUGACUAUUAUGCAAGUUAUGCAAAACAAAUGGGUGUCGGAUAACACCUUAGUGCCGCAAACGCCGCUGAUGUCUGCCCAAGUAUUGAAAGAGGAAGAAGACGUGUGGAUGGAUGUUCAGGAGGAGAUGACAAAUGCCUUAGCUACCAUGCGUGUUGACUAUGACCAUGUUGUUAACAUUAAAAACCUGCAACAGUCCAACAACCCUCUGCUGAAGAAGAGAAUGAAGCAAGUUCCAGAUGGUGCGGCAGCUAUGUAGAGCUUGAAUGGAAGUAACAACUGCCUCGCUAUCGAUUCUUCUUGCAUUGUAUAAGUUAGAUUGCUCUCAGUCACUUGCAAAUGGAUGGAAUAAGGAAUCGGUUGUAUUUUUUUCUCCUUCCUUUGGGAGGGAAAGGUGCAAUUUGAGCAGCGGAGUGUGGUGUGAAAGGUCUUUUGUAUGUGGUGUAUUAUGAGUGACUGUCAGUUGCACAAGUAAUAGGCUACAUUAUCAUCUUUUUUCUUCUUCUCAUAGCUUCCAAUCAAAGUAUAAUAUGCCUAUGAGCCUAUUUAAUUACUGAUGAUGUAAUAGUGGAAAAAUGUACAGAUCUAAGCUUGUUUUGUGUCACUACGCCAAGAUAUUAGACCAAAGGGGAAAAGACAUCAUUUCUUUUUCCUUUUGAUUUAAGUGUGUCAUUUUGGUACGUUAUGCAGUCUGCGUUUUUGUUUCUUCUUAGCUCACAUUUAGAAUUAUUUGUUGAUUUAUGACAGUCUAAAGACAUUAUUGGUACAGGCAGUGAUUGUGCGAGAUGUAUGAUUUUUGUUCUUCUAUUUUACGAAAUGUAAUGAUAAUUUACUCAACUUGUAAGAAAUUUUAUAAGUUUCCCAAAUGCCACUUCGUUUAUUAGAAUCACCAUGGGUUCCUUUUGUUGUGAUAUCUACCUGUUAUUGUCAUUUUUUACUUGAUUUUUACAAAUUGUUGUUCAUGCCUCUUUACUUAAUCAGUAAAAUACACCCUUUGAAAAGCACAAGGACCUCCUUUUUGUGCUUUCAUCAUUUGCCAAGCCUCUGUCUACCUUAUAGAGUUUGGACACAUGAUCUUUUAGAACACCUGUUGUCGUGGGGAUGUGUCCUGAUGAAUAAAGCAAUUGUUGCUCUCGUGAUAGUUUAGACCGAUUAUUGACAGCCGGAAUGUGUGACCAAGUCUGCAUUGCAAUGGUCGUUUUUUUUUUUUUUUGUGUCUUGUGUUACUCACAUUAUUUUACUUUGAGACCUGUUGAUGGAGAACGGGUUCUGACCAGUUUAAGCUUCCACUCCUUGCUUUCCACCUUUACUGCCACCAUGGUGUGGUUUUCCAUUUGAGUUAAUACUGAUGACUCGAAGUGCCUAACUAGUGUGUAGUUCUUUCAGAAAUGUAUGUCUUUUUGGAAAAUUUGUGCUUUGAAAAGUGAAUUAACUAAACACAUGAGAUAGUUACUGUUAUUUUUUUUCUUGAAGAAAUGUUGAAUUUCAGUGGAUAUAUAUGAUAUACAGAAUGACAGUGUAGGUGAUAUGUGUUCAUCGGAUAUUAUUCGAGGGGGGGGGGGGACACUUUUUGGGGGAUAACCAUUGUUAUGGUUUUGGCUUAAGUUUUUUUUUCUUCUGUGAAAUGUCAAUAUACAUGGUUACGAGUCUGUCCUAAGAUGGAAGUCCGUCCUCUGGAUGUCAGUGAAGACUAUUCUGUCUGGCAGAUUUUGGGUUGAGGCAAACCUGUGUGUUAGCAGCAUGUGUUAUUUUGUUGUUGUUAUUACUAGAUGACUUUUGGAUUUCUUAAAUAGGCUUGAAAAGCCAGUCUCUCGCAGUCGCAAAGACUUUUUGUUAUACAUGUUGGCCUUAUUGUUUAUGUUGCCACUGUUAUGUACGUGUGUGGUGGGGGAUACAUAGAAAAGGGAGAACCUGACUUGUUUCUUGUGGGACUGGACAGGGGUAGGUGAGAGUUAGUGGUGAUGAGUUAUGUAGCCCAUCGACAGGCACCGCCACUUCUGGGCCAUCUGUUCUUUGGUGUGUUAUUAUUGGCAGACAGUACCACUGCUCCGAUCUAGCUGUGAGUUGGUGGAGUUUUUAUGUUUGUGUUGUUGUUGUUGUCAGUGUGAAAGCAUUUGAGUUAAAUGGAAAGAAGUUAAGAACAAAGCCUGUAAAAUCCAAGGUUGUAUUCAAAGCAGCAGUUUGGGCCGUCAAUGUAACAAGAAAACACUACCCAAACUCUGUAGGAGAGAGAGUACAGUUUUAGAGUUACAGCUUAGAGGAAGAUGGGUUCAUGUUGAAACAGUACGAGUCGCAACUUGGAGAAACCCUUUUUUUCCUGACGACAGAACUUGGAACUUUUUUUAUGGCUAUUAGCUGUAAUCAUCAUCUAUGAUUGUAUUCUUGGUUUGUGUAUACAUUUACAUUCUUUACGGCAUGACAGGAAGUGAGUAUGUUUGGGAGUGAAUGAGAGAGAGAGAGAGAGAGAAAUUAUUUUGUGUUGCAGAAAUUAGUGUAAGCACACUGUCAAAUUCCUUUACAAAUGGAAAAUGUCAAGUUUGUCUUAUGUCUUAUCUUGUCAUUUCCUAAUACAAGACCUGAAAAGAAAUUUUCCA